UUUCUCCCGCAAAGCUGAGUGAGAAGCACCCGACCAAUGGACAACCUGUUCAUUUAUUUACUGUGGCCCCAAGCAAACUGAUCGUGGAACACGUACUGAAUAUUUCACAUGGACGGCCUCGUCUUUUUUCUGUCGCUCGGGUUCUUUUUAAAUAUUCCUACAUCCCGGUAGCCUCGAUUCUUUCCUGAAAGAUUGAACGGCCGUUUCGCGUUCACGAACGAAAGUGUUCUGUGUCCAAGAUGCGCAUCGCGACGCCCGUAUUGCUAUCAAUUUCGCUAUUCCACGCCUUCCAACACAUCCGCGGAUACAGCAUUCUGGGCAUUUGUCCGAGCGCGAGUUACAGCCACCAACAACCGUUUCAAGCAUUGAUGAAAGCAUUGGCGGUUCGUGGUCACAACGUUACCGUCGUAUCAACAAUUCCCUUGAAGAAUCCUCCAACGAAUUAUGAGAACGUUGACUUAUCAUUCUCGUAUCGAAAGAAGGAUUGCACAGGAUUAAGACAUUUAGGAGCUUAUACGUUACUCCAUAAAAACAUGUGGGAAGCGAAUGAAUUGUGCGAGCAGCAAUUAUUCAGCUCUGCCAUCGACAAGCUUAUAGCGAGCAACAAGACAUUCGACGCAGUCAUUAUAGAGCAAUUAUGGUUCCAGUGUUAUUAUGCUCUCGUGAAGCACUACAACUUCCCGGUGCUGAUGGGAUUUUUGAGCGUAGGCAACUUGCCGUACGUAAUGGAUUCCGUGGGGAAUCCAGAUGAUCCCAAUCUAAAUCCGGACAUGGCGUACCCAUUCACGGACAGAAUGACAAUCAACGAGCGUAUAUGGAAUACCCUUUAUACAACGUGGACAAGAUUAUAUUACCGAUACUGGCAUCUGCCAAGAGCUCAACGCAUCGCUAAUGUAUGGGCGCCCGGUACAUCCGUCUAUGAUAUCGAUAAGAACUUCAGUCUGGUGAUACUAGGCAACAAUCACGUGUUCGGUUACCCAAAACCAUUACUGCCACACGUGAUCGAAGUUCAUAGCUUACAAAUUUCGAACAAGCCUGAACUCCUACCUAAGGAGAUCCGAGAGUUCCUGGACAACGCUCAGGAUGGCGCCAUUUAUUUCUCUCUGGGCUCGAAUCUGCAAACUCACCAGCUACCCGCCGGGACUUUGACCGCAUUGUGCAACGCCCUGGGCUCGCUGAAGCAAAGAGUUCUAUGGAAACAUGACGGAAACAUGGCCAUUCAUCCGGCCAACAUCAAAUUUGUGAAGUGGGUGCCCCAGCAAGCGGUCCUUGCGCAUCCCAGGAUGAUGGCGUACGUGAUGCAAGGCGGAUUGCAGUCGUUGCAGGAAGCGGUGCACCAUUCCGUGCCGGUAGUCGCAAUUCCCUUUUUCGGGGAUCAACUUUUCAACGCACGUAAAAUCCUAGACGCCGGCAUCGGACUGACACUGGACAUCGACACCAUGACCGAGAGCUUCAUCGUACAAACGCUCGCAGAGGUCGUCGAAAAUAAAACGUAUCUGAAUAAUAUCAAAAUAAUGUCGGCGAUUGUGCGCGACGAAUUGAUAAAACCUAUGGAGAGAGCGAUAUGGAAUAUAGAACACGUAUUAAAAUUUCCAAACUCGAGACAUUUACGGUAUCAUGGACGUAAUAUAUCAUGGAUAGAUUAUUAUACAACGUUUCUGUGCUUAAGUGCAUGUAUCAUUUUUUUAUCGUAUAUCAAUUAUGUAUUGUGUAGCAGAGCUAUUGAUGCUUUUAUAAAAAUCAAGAGGAUAUUAAAACAAAAAAUUACACGUACUCACCUCAACGAAUUCAGCGCGGGAAAGGAAGUAAUAUCCCGCGGUGUCAAACAUGGCGCCACUGGCAUGAACUAUUCACAAGACAAGACACCCAUGGGCGCAUCCAGCAGAACAAACCGCUUAGUAGCAAUUGAACGUGAUUGGCUCUUACUUUUAAAACCAACAAAUCAACGUCGAGAUUCAGUAAAAAAUCUAGUAACAUUGCAGUUACUCAACGUUGUCCAACUGUUAAAUGCGGCCAAUCACAAGUAA